UCUCUUCGUCGUGUCCUUCUUCUUCUUCACAGCCGUAAUUCCAUGGCAGCCUCGUCCCUAACCAGCUCGUUGUCUCGCUUAUCUCUGUUCCGAUUCACCCCAAGGCCCUGGCCGUCUCUCGCUGUCCCAUUCUAUCUGGUCACCACCAAGCGGAAGGGGAUUAGCAGAUUCCGGCUGUUCUCGAUGGCGUCAGAGCCCAAGGAAUCUCCCGCCAACAACCCCGGUCUCCACUCCACUGCCGAUGAAGCCACCAAAGGCUACUUCAUGCAGCAAACCAUGUUCCGUAUCAAGGAUCCCAAAGUCAGCCUUGACUUCUACUCUCGCGUGUUGGGAAUGUCGUUGCUGAAGAGGUUGGACUUUCCGGAAAUGAAGUUCAGCUUGUAUUUUCUGGGUUAUGAGGACACUUCAUCUGCUCCGAGUAAUGCCGUUGAUAGAACGGUCUGGACUUUUGGUCAGAAGGCUACGAUCGAGCUGACACACAACUGGGGAACUGAAAGUGAUCCCGAAUUCAAAGGGUACCACAAUGGGAACUCGGAUCCUCGCGGCUUUGGACACAUUGGCAUCACGGUCGACGACACAUACAAGGCCUGCGAGAGAUUUGAGCGGCUCGGGGUCGAGUUUGUGAAGAAGCCAGAUGAUGGGAAAAUGAAGGGGAUCGCAUUCAUCAAGGAUCCUGAUGGCUAUUGGAUUGAGAUCUUCGACCUUAAAACUAUUGGCAAAGUCACUGAAGCGGCUGCCUGAGAUUGUUAUGCCAUCUUUUAACAGUUCAUGGAUGAGUACAAAGACUUGUUUGGAAGAGCAGAUCCGCAGAAUAAAGUGAUUUUUGUUGUAAGAAAUGAUCAUGUAUACGAGUUUUCUAUGGAAAAUAUAUGCGGAGCUACAUUAGACAUCCCUUCGUGUUCAAAGAUUAGAUGACAAUGUAGUUACUCAGGCGACCGAAAUACGUUAUUCAUGCUGGGAAGUUGUUCAUGUCUCCAAA